AACGCAGAUGCAGAAAAAGUAAACUUUGGAUUCCACACCCAUGGCUAUUAUAUUAAUUUACUUGGAGGUGUGGUUUAUUGUGUGUAAGAAGCAGGCAGAGAGAGAGGGAGGAAGGGAGAAUGAGAGAAACAGGUAGCAAAUCCAGUAGCAUGUCACCAUGUGCAGCUUGUAAGCUUCUCAGAAGAAGGUGUGCUAAAGACUGUGUCUUUGCACCAUAUUUCCCCUCUGAUGAGCCCCAAAAGUUUGCCAAUGUUCACAAGGUUUUUGGAGCUAGCAACGUCAACAAAAUGCUUCAGGAUCUUCCACUGGAGCAGAGAGGGGAUGCAGUGAGCAGCAUGGUGUAUGAAGCAAACGCCAGAGUGAGAGAUCCCAUCUAUGGGUGUGUGGGGGCCAUCUCAUCUCUUCAACAACAAGUAGCAAUCUUGAAAUCCCAGUUGGCUGUUGCUCAGGCAGAGAUUGUUCAGCUGAGAGUUUGCCAGAACAACCUUUCUCAUCUGGUGAUGAAUGGGAUGAUACUGAAUGGAAGUGCCACUGCUACUCCCACUACCACCACCAUCACCACUGGAACUGCUUCUUCUUCUCCAGAUAAUAUCAGUCACAGCGGCUGAGGAGUACUAUUCUUGGAAAGGUACAUGAAUGAAGGACAGAGCCGCCCAUUGAUUUGGGUCCUAACAUAUCGAAUCUGACUGUAAGAGUGAGUGAUCAUAUCAAAUCUGGCAGUAAGAGUAAGUGAUCGUAUCUAUCAUCUCUAUUCUGGUCGAUUUUGUCUCUCAGAUGUCUUGUCAUAAGAUGGGUAGUUGUGUAUACAACAACUUAGAUUUAACAUUAUGCUGUGCAUAUACCUAUGCUUACAAGAUGUAUCUCUACCAUUAUUAUUACAUUUUUUUUUUUAAUUAAAUCAACUAGAAUAUCCUCUUCCUGGUCAA